CUCUCUCUCUCUCUCUCUCUCUCUCUCUUGCAUCGCCUCUAUUUCCUCGUCCUUUAUCUCUCUGUAUUUCCUGUGAAGACAAACCCCUCUGCCAUGACAAUUCAAUGAGAGGAGAAGACACCAAGUGAAGGAUCCAUCUCUCCAUCCUCCAUCCUCCUGCUGCUGCUGCUGCUGCUGAGAAGAAGAGAAGGAGCGCUCAAGGUAAAAGAGAAGAAGAAAGGAAGAGAGGAGAAGAAGAGGAACGAGGGAGAGGAGAGGAGAGGAGAGGAAGGGUAAAGGGCGAUAAACAGUGGAUGGAGGAAGCUCAGACUGAAGCUCCAGAGCGUUCUUCACCACCAACGAAGAAGAAGAGGAACAACAGAGGGAGGGAGGAGAGGAGAUGGAGGCGAAAGGCAGGAACAUGCCCUCAGACAUCAGUUUCCUCCCGCGCCCGGCGAUGGUGUGGUGUGAGCGGGGCAUCCAGGUGCUGCUGACCACCAUGGGGGCGUUUGCCGCCUUCGCCCUGAUGACGGUGGCGAUCGGCACAGAUUACUGGCUCUACGCCCGGGCGUUCAUCUGCAACAGCACGGCCAACUCCAGCCAGGACGAGUCCAACAGCAACAAGGACAAGAAAGACCCCGGAGCUCUGACCCACUCAGGACUGUGGAGGAUCUGCUGCCUCGAAGGGCUGAAGCGAGGCGUGUGUUCUCAGAUCAAUCAUUUCCCCGACGACGCCGACUACGACCAAGAUGCUGCAGAGUAUUUGCUGCGUGUGGUGCGAGCCUCCAGCAUCUUCCCCAUCCUCAGCGCCAUACUGCUCCUGCUGGGUGGAGUGUGUGUCGCUUCCAGCAGCUUCUACAAGAGCAAGAGGAACAUCAUACUGGGUGGAGGGAUUCUCUUUGUAGCUGCAGGGCUCAGCAACAUCAUUGGAGUGAUCGUUUACAUCUCGGCAGCGCUGAGCGACAUUUCCCCAAAGAAGGAUGAGGAUAAGAAGUGGCACUACUCCUACGGCUGGUCCUUCUACUUCGGUGGCCUGUCCUUCAUCCUGGCAGAGAUGGUAGGUGUCCUCGCCGUCAACAUUUACAUUGAGAAGAACAAAGAGCUGCGCUGCCGUUCUCGCACUGACCUUUUCAAGAGCACAACGCACGCCAUGCUACGGCUGCCCAGCUACCGUUUCAGGCGGCGCUCUCGCUCCAGCUCACGCUCCACUGACCCGCCUCGCUCGCCAGAGACCUCGCCCAUUGGAACGUCUAAGACCUUCACCCUGCCACCUUCUGCCCCUCCGUUCUCCGUGGCCACACUGCCCAACCCACACCACACGAGCAGCAGCGGGAGUGGAGGAGGUGGGGACAUCUCUAUGUACACGCUGUCGAGGGACUCAAAGCUGGGCAGUCUCGGCGGUGGCGCUCCGCCUCUAUACGGCACGGUGGACCGUGCCACGCUCUAUCAACUCCACAACUACUUCCCAAAAGAUUCCAGUGGAAGCGGCAGUGGAGGAGGAGGAGGAGGAGGAGGAGUGGCGAUAAGCAGUGGCACCCUCCCAUCUCACUCCAAGUCCAACCUGGCAGCAGCGGCAGCAGCUGUGGCACAGAACGCAGCACCGCUGAAUACGACGACCACGGCCGCGCCGACUCAGCCGGUAUCUACAGCCACCAUGGAGAGAGACCGGGGCAACAUGGGAACCCUGGACCGACUGACGGCAAAAAGAGACAGGGAUAGCAACUCAGAUACGCUCAACAGGAAAACAACGCCAGUUUAAGAGUAAACCUUGGGGGGGGGGGGCAAUGGGGAGGGAGAAAGAGGAGGAGACUGAAAAUGCGAAGGUGACACAUCAGCGGUAACGUCUCUGUCCUUGAGCCUGAGGUAAGACUGCCAUAAUUAAUGUCAAUCAUCAUAAACAGUCAUAAAACAUCCAGAAGUUCAUAACAUCUGCCUUAAAAAAGGUUAUGACCUUUGCUCUGACAGUUACUGUGAGCGUGCAGUGGAGGUUACAGGGAACUUUUCUUUGUUUAAAUGUCUUAAAUACAGCAUUUUUCUGUUUGACACGUUAGACACGUUAGAGCGUCUCACACACGUCACACACCUGUGUUUUCAAGUUAAACCAGUCUCCCUGAGCAGCAGAUGGGGUUAAGUGCCUUGCUGGGGAGGCGCUGUAGAUGUUUAGAUUUAGCUGCUACAAGGACUUAAACUACUCUAAGGGGAUAUUUCAGGGUUUUUAAAGUGUGACACUCUCACUCCCCACACCAAACCCCAUUGAGAAAAUAUGUGUUUUUAGCAAGCAGGUUAUGGGCUGCUGGUCCUCUGCUGCCUCGUGUGGUCAGUUUGUGUCACUGAUGCAAAUCUGAGCAUAGAAUUUUAAAUGUCGAAUUGACAAAUGAAGACAUUUGAACUUAGUGAUGGAGGCAGCAGUGGAUCAACAACUUUGGUGUGGGAGAAUGAGUGGUUUACAACCACUCAUUCCAAACCACUCAAACCAAGUUGGCUUUUAAUUCAAGGUCAACAGGCGUGGCCUCAAACCCUGCCGACACACACAUACACAGCAGGAGAGUCUGACACACUGUGAGCCUGUUUUAUUUGUUAAAGCGUGUCAAAGGUAAUUACACUGACAGAUGGACAGUCAAAGUCAGCCUGGACUGAUUCUAUUGCAUGACUUUCACUGUCACACUUCGGUUAAACGUCCAACUAAGCCAGUAACCUGAUCUGCUAGUUGCUAUACAGUAGCUGCUACAGUAGCUGCCACAGCAGCUGCUACAGUAUGUUACUCGCUGCUACUGUAGCCACUUAAGUCAAAGAGUUUUGCUAUUUCAUUUGACAACAGUAGAUGUUAGCUACUACAGUAACUGCAAGCUAGCUGCUACACCAGCUGCUAAACUUAAAGGGUGAGGCUAUUUCAGCUGAUAACUGUAGGUGUUAGCUGCUACAGUAGCUGCUACAGUAGCCGCUAAACUCAAAGGGUGAUGCUAUUACAGCUGAUAUCUGUAGCCAGUAACCUGUUGUGACGUUAAACGACCAAGUAUUUACUGAAUUAUACGGAGCACCGGACAUGACAUGGUAAAAAAAUAAAUUGUGCCCACGAAAUAGCUAUAACGUGGGCAUGAAAUACUACUUUGUGGCCACGAAAUAAGUAUAAUGUGCGUAAAUUAUACUUAUUUUGUGGCCACGAAGUAGGUAUAAUGUGCGCACAAAAUACUAAUUAAUAAUAUUGUCAUUCCUGGACACCCAAGUAAGGAAGUCGAGCAGUGUUGUGUUGUUAUUGUCGUACCUGCGCUGGUAAAGAAACCUGCCUCUCAAUAUUCUGUUUAAAUGCCUCUCGGUAAUAAUGGUUCCUUGCAGUGACAGGUUUUUCAGAAUGUCUUUGUAGCUCAUUCCCAGCCUAAAAUAAAACUCUAUCACACUAUCUCUGUCCAUCGUGUAGCUUUAGCCACUCUACUGCCUCUACCUUUGACCUUAGAGGAGGUGCGCUCGAUUUGCUUACCCAACUGUCCAGGAAUGAUGAUAUUAUUAAUUAGUAUUUUGUGAGCACGUUAUACUUAUUUCGUGGCCACAAAAUAGUAUUUUGUGCGCAUGUUAUAGCUAUUUUGUGGGCACAAUUUAUUUUAUUUUUUUUACCAUGUCAUGUCCGGGGCUCUGUAGCAUUAAGGCCGAGUAGACACAGAAAGUCUGAGGUUUUUUUAUUGCCUUAACAGAAAGAAUAACAAUAGGAUUCUGUAAAACUGUCCAAACACAUCCAAGUGCCACUUUCUCCACGAGACUUUCAGUUGCCUGAAAUUGAUGUUGCGGGAUUUGUGUGACUGUUUAUGGUGAUGACCGAACACCGAAGGCUACAGGGCGUCGAUCGUGCCGUUGAGUUGACGCUGCAAAGG